UAUAAUGAAAAUAGGGUUUUGGAGCACCUCUGAAACAGAGAGAGCAGACUAGAUAGACGGCUGCCAGAAACCAUGAAGACAAUUCUGUCGUCUGAGACCAUGGACAUCCCCGAUGGGGUGAAAAUCAAGAUCAGUGCUAGGAUCAUAGAAGUGGAAGGCCCAAGAGGCAAGCUGAGCAGGAAUUUCAAGCAUCUGAAUCUUGAUUUCCAGCUGAUCAAAGACGAGGAAGGGAAGAGAAAGCUGAAGAUCGAUGCGUGGUUUGGAACAAGAAAGACCAGUGCUGCUAUCAGGACUGCCCUGAGCCACGUGGAGAACUUGAUUACUGGGGUUACCAGGGGGUACAGAUACAAGAUGAGGUUUGUGUACGCUCACUUUCCCAUCAACGCUUCCAUCACUAACAGCAACACUGCUAUCGAGAUCCGGAACUUUCUCGGCGAGAAGAAGGUUAGGAAGGUUGAUAUGCUUGAAGGGGUUAGUAUUCUCCGAUCUGAAAAGGUGAAGGAUGAGCUGGUCCUAGAUGGCAAUGAUAUUGAGCUUGUUUCACGGUCGGCAGCUUUGAUCAACCAGAAAUGUCAUGUCAAGAACAAGGAUAUCCGAAAAUUUCUUGAUGGUAUCUACGUCAGUGAGAAGGGCACUGUGGUUGAGGAAGAAUGAGGAGCCAUUCCAGUUGCAUCAACAUGGUGGGAUUUCCGUUCAAGCUUCUUUUUUAAAUCUUUUGGGUUUUGAAUUUUUUUUCAAAUUAUAACAUCAGUUGGUUAUUUGCUAGAGUUUCUGUUCUUAGAAGUUUUGUUAUGUUAUGGGAUUGCUUUUGUAUUUUCUUGCUAUGCCCCUGUAGUACAAAUAUGUCUUACAUGAUGAAGGCAAGGAGGUAGACACGAGUGGAUGUUUUAUAUUUUUUUUAUCUGAAGAAUCUUUUUGAACAACAUAUU